AUGGCCUCAAAGGAUCACAACGUUGAGGAGAGUCGGGUGGCUUCUGCACUCAGACAGCCCCCACAAGAUCAGUUGGACGAAAAAGCUACUGGUAUACACAAUGAGAUUGCUCACGAGGCAGCCGAGAGGGGUCAUGUCGCUACCGACAAAUAUGGCAAUGCGUUGGUGGAAUUCGACCCAAAGGCCGAGUCAAAGCUGUGCUACAAGAUUGAUCUGUACAUUGUUCCGACGGUGGCUCUUCUCUAUUUGUUCUGCUUCAUUGAUCGAGCCAACAUCGGCAAUGCCAAACUCGCGGGUCUGGAAAAGGACCUUGGUCUCAAAGGAUAUGACUACAACAUCGUCCUGACAGUCUUUUACAUCAGCUACAUUAUUUUCGAAAUCCCUGCGACGACGGCCUGCAAGUACUUUGGCCCAGGCUGGUUCAUUCCGGUCACUUCCCUUGGCUUCGGCGUCUGUUCGAUCGGAACGGCGUUUGUGCAUACCAAGGCUGCAGCGUGUGGUGUACGUUUUCUUCUUGGUAUCUUUGAGGCGGGCAUGCUUCCGGGUAUUGCGUAUUAUAUGUCAAGAUGGUACAGGAGAAGCGAACUCGCCUUCCGCCUGGCUCUUUACAUCGUCAUGGCACCACUCGCAGGAGCAUUUGGCGGACUCCUGGCGUCAGCGAUUCUUAAACUCUCGCACUUCGGCAGCCUGCACCACUGGCGCAUGAUCUUCGCGAUCGAAGGCAUCAUCACAUGCGGCCUCGCGCUGAUUUCGUUCUUCACUCUGACCGACCGCCCGGCGACGGCGCGAUGGCUGACGCAAGAAGAAAAGGACCUCGCGAUCGCCCGCGUCAAGUCGGAACGCGUCGCGACCACGGAAGUGCUGGACAAGCUGGACGUUCCGAAGAUGGUGCGCGGCAUCUUCAGCCCCGUGACGCUGGCCGUGUCAUUCAUCUUCCUCCUCGACAACAUCACCGUGCAAGGACUGGCGUUCUUCCUCCCGACCAUCGUCCGCACAAUCUACCCCAAGAACUCGGUGGUGUCGCAACAGCUCCACACGGUGCCGCCGUACGUGGUCGGCGCCUUCUUCACCGUGCUGGUCCCGUGGCUGUCGUGGCGCUUCGACCGCCGCAACAUCUUCUUCGUCAUCUCCGCCCCGCUCAUGAUGGGCGGAUACAUCAUGUUCCUGGCCAGCGAGGCCGCGCACGUGCGCUACGGUGCCACCUUCCUCAUCACCACGGGGGCCUUCUCGUUCGGCGCUCUCUGCAACGCCCAGAGCUCGGCCAACGUCGUCUCGGACACGGCGCGGUCCGCCGCCAUCGGGACCACCGUCAUGUUUGGCAACAUCGGCGGCUUGAUCUCGACGUGGAGCUUCUUGCCGUUCGACGCCCCGAACUACCACAUCGGCAACGGCUUGAACUUGGGCACGUCUUCGACAAUCCUGAUCAGUUCCAUCCUUUUGCUGUUCUGGAUGAAGGCCGACAACAAGAGACGAGAGAGUAAGGACGUCGACUCCGAGUUGGACGGCUUGUCGACCAAGCAGGUGCAAGAUCUGGAUUGGCGCCAUCCCGCGUUCAGAUGGAGGCCGUGA